AUAAUGUAGCAUAAGUAAUGUUACGUAGAUAAAAAAAUUUAAAAAAAAAGAAAACAAGGGGAAAAUUAUCAAGUUUUCCUUUAUCAAUCUUUAUCUUUAACCACAAUUGAAUGUGAUAUGAGAAUUAAAUUGAUGUUUAUUUAAUAUUUCCUGAAUAAUGUUUACGUUUAGAGCCAUCCUUACUAAAAGUUUUAUGCCAGCAUUUUCUGCUAAAAUGUCUACUAAUAGACUCUCUGGUAAAGUUGCUGUAGUUACAGCGUCUACUGAAGGUAUUGGUUAUUCCAUUGCUAAACGAUUAGCCGCUGAUGGAGCAUCCGUUGUAAUAAGUAGUAGGAAAAAGGAAAACGUUGAGAAGGCAGUUUCCUCGAUAAAAUUAGUUAGUGAUAAAGUAGCUGGUGUACCUUGUCAUGUCGGAAAAUCAGAAGACAGGAAACAUCUGUUGGAUUUUGCUGUUAAAAAAUUUGGCGGGAUUGACAUACUAAUUAGCAAUGCAGCUGUGAAUCCAGUUAUGUGUCAAGUACUUGAUACACCAGAAGAAGCGUGGGAUAAAAUUUUUGAUACAAAUGUUAAAGCAGCAUUUUUAUUAACUCAGGCUUGUGUGCCUUUGAUGGAACAAAGAGGAGGUGGAAGCAUUGUCUAUGUAGCUUCCAUUGCUGCUUAUAAGCCAAUGGAAGUUAUUGGUGCCUAUUCUGUGAGCAAAACAACUUUGCUAGGCUUGACAAAGGCUGUUGCAAAUCAAUGUGUGUCUCAAAAUAUCAGAGUUAAUUGUAUUUGCCCAGGUAUAAUUGAGACAAAGUUUAGCGAAGGGUUAACGUCAAACGCCUCAUCCAGAGAGCUUCUGAACUUAUACAUUCCUAUGAAAAGAGUUGGGAAACCAGAUGAAUGUGCUGGAAUAAUCUCAUUUUUAUGUUCAGAGGAUGCAUCUUACAUUACAGGAGAAAGUAUUGCUGUUGCUGGAGGAUAUUUUUCACGAUUGUAAAUUAUAUUUUAAAUUCUUCUCUUAAGACAUCUCAUCUGAAUGUGUAUGUAAAGAAGAUACAAUUAUAAUUGAAGUUAUGAUGAAUUAAACAUAAUUGAAAUAUAUAUUUUUAUAAAAUACAAACAUUACUGGUGGUUGAUUUUUUUAGUACUAAUUUUGUUUUAUGAAAUUUGAAUGUUAGCUUGUUUAGAUUUUUUAUGCAUAUGAAAUAAAUACUAAUCUCUUGACAUAAAAUCUUCAGAACUUAUUCUAUAAAUUGUCGUUAAUUUUGUUUAUCUCAGAGAAGAUGCUGACAUUCUGUAUUGUAUAUCCUUUUAGAGUUCAUUUUAUAAAUGUUUUAUAAGCAAACAUAAGAUAAAAGUUGCUA